UCCAGUUUUUUCGGUUCCUUCAUCGCAGUCAGCAGCAGCAAAAGUGAGAAUUUUCGCUCUGUGUGUGACCGACGACCGUCCCUGACGAAUAUAUUGUGGCAAGAAGUAGUGUGCCCUCUUGGAUAAACUAGCAUUCGAUUACAAAGUAGGUGCAGUUCCGCCGUGGAGUUUUGCGUUUUCGUUUCUCAGGUUCGCGUUUCCGUUUCCGGUCUACGGGUUUCCGUUUUCGGUGGAUGGUGAAAUACGGUGUGCGGAGUUUCGACGGAUGUUCCGAGAGUUGUGUGCUGUGCGUGACGUGGCGGAAAAAUUGAUAAAUUGAAGUCAGCAAAAUUGUCAAGUGUUUAUGAAGUCGUAAUCGAGACAACCCUUACAAUAUCCAAUUUGUUACUCAUAGGAAGUAGUGGUGUGUUGAAACGUGUCAUCAGAGUAUGGUUAUCACGACAGGAAAAAGGCGUAUUUAUCAUCGGCAGAGCUUGUAUCGAAUCGAAAAGUGAGAAAAAAAAAAGUUCAACGUUUAUACCAACCAUUAUAAGCUACCAAAUGCAAUCACCAUUACCGGUUUUCGAUUGAGUGGUAGCCAUCGUCGUAAUAAACACGGCCACGGAUGGAUAUUUGAUGUGUGGUUGUUGAGCCACCAUUCAAAGAGGGGAGUCAUUAUCAGCAGGCCCCCGUAUCUCAGACCCAGGUUUGUGUUAUGUGUUCGGUUGAGCACCGUGAGUGACGCCUACACCCGCAAUCCGGCCAAUCGCUGACCCAAGUCUGGUUGUUGUGCUGGAGCAGUAGGUUCCAAUCCAAAAUAUAGAAAAAAAUAUUGUGUUUUGUGUAAGUGUGGUGGGUCUUCUGAAAACAACGGGCGUUAGCCAGAAGAAUAGUUGGAUUGAUCCUACGGGUUCCAAGCUGUUUAUGGUCACAAGUGUUUGGUGUUUCCUUUCUUCUGAUAAAUCGUCGGAAGUGCUAUUAAAAAAACGACGUUUCGGUGGAACCGUCAUUUCCAGCCAGCUAAAUUUAACUUAACGGCGGUCACAAAGUGAGAGAAGCUUGACAAAAAACGAGGUCAACAACGACGGAGACGACGUCAACGGACAAAAGAUGAAUGCCUCCGAUCAUGGAUUCAAUCCAGCAUUUAACAUGGCCACCAUAAGACAGGCAAUCAAUGAAACCAUCGAGCGAGAUUUUGGUGCUCUCCUCAAAACAGUGCGCAUCCCAACUCCAACCCGCUUGCGGGACCUAAUCCGACAGAUCCGAGCAGCCCGGACCGCGGCCGAGGAACGGGCAGUGGUCAACCGCGAGUGCGCAUACAUCCGGGGCACAUUCCGGGAGGAGGAUUCCGUCUGGCGAUGCAGGAACAUUGCCAAACUACUGUACAUUCACAUGCUCGGCUAUCCGGCACACUUUGGACAGCUGGAAUGUCUAAAGCUGACUGCGAGCCCACGCUUCACAGACAAACGCAUCGGCUAUCUGGGUGCGAUGCUGCUACUCGACGAGCGACAGGAUGUGCAUUUGUUGAUUACCAAUUGUUUGAAAAAUGACCUCAACAGCCCGACGCAGUUCGUCGUGGGCUUGGCGUUGUGCACUUUGGGUGCCAUCGCGUCACCGGAAAUGUCCCGAGAUUUGGCCGGCGAGGUGGAAAAGCUGAUGCGAUCGCCAAACGCGUACAUCCGGAAAAAGGCCGCCCUCUGUGCGUUUCGAAUCAUCAAACGGGUACCGGAGCUAAUGGAGAUUUUCCUGCCGGCCACCCGGUCGUUGCUGAACGAGAAAAACCAUGGUAUCCUAAUCGCCGGAGUCACCCUGAUCACCGAGAUGUGCGAGAAAAGCCAGGACACGCUAAAUCACUUUAAAAAGGACAUUGGAAAUCAAGAGAUUGUACCGAAUCUGGUGCGGAUUCUGAAAAAUCUCAUUCUGGCCGGGUAUUCCCCGGAGCACGACGUCAGCGGCGUGAGUGAUCCCUUCCUGCAGGUAAAAAUCUUGCGACUUCUCCGAAUACUGGGCCACAACGAUCCGGAAGCUUCCGAAGCAAUGAAUGACAUCCUGGCCCAGGUGGCGACCAACACCGAAACCAGUAAAAACGUGGGCAACACCAUCCUUUACGAAACGGUCCUCUCCAUCAUGGAUAUAAAAUCUGAAGGUGGCCUUCGGGUGCUGGCGGUUAACAUUCUGGGCCGGUUCCUGCUCAAUAGCGACAAAAACAUCCGGUACGUCGCGCUCAAUACGCUGCUGAGGACGGUUCACGCGGAUAUCUCGGCGGUGCAGCGGCAUCGCAGCACCAUUCUCGAAUGUCUCAAGGAUCCGGACGUUUCGAUUCGGCGGCGGGCGAUGGAGCUAUCGUUUGCGCUAAUCAAUUCUCAGAACAUUCGGGCCAUGUCCAAGGAGCUGCUGAUUUUCCUGGAGAAGGCCGAUGCCGAGUUCAAGGCGCAGUGCAGCAGCCGGAUGGUUUUGGUGGCGGAGCGGUAUUCGUCGUCCAUUCGCUGGCGGUUGGACACGUUGCUCAGUGUGCUGAUUGCGGCCGGCAACUACGUCCGUGACGAUGUGGUCUCGUCCACAAUUCAGCUGAUCCUCAACAGCCCGGCCGAGGAGCAAGCCUACAUCGGGCUCCGGUUGUGGGACUCGCUGCACAACAUUACCAACUCCUACGAGGACAAGCAACCGCUGCUGCAGGUGGCCGUUUGGACCAUCGGCGAAUACGGGGAUCUUGUACUGAGCAGCGACCGUAUCGGAGAUGUUGAAAUUCCUCCAGAGAAUGAAUUGAUAGAUCUGUACCAGAAGCUUCUGUGGUCCACGUCCGUUUCGACGACCAGCAAGCAGUAUACGCUGAUUUCGCUGGUCAAGCUGAGCACAAGAAUCCAGUCGAAGGAGGAAGAAUCGCGAGCGAAACAGAUCAUCGAAGCUUUCGGAACCCAUCUGCAUAUCGAUCUGCAGCAACGAGGGGUAGAAUUUGCGCAACUCUUCCGAGACUACAGCCAUCUGAGGCCGGCAUUGCUAGAGAAGAUGCCCAAGAUUCAGAAGUCGCUGACCAAUGGAACGGAUAAUGGAGGCAUUUAUGAAGAACACUCGAACAGUAUCGACCUAAUAGAGGGCGGUGCCGAUGAUAUCGAAAGUAGCACGCUGUUCUCAAACCCUGGUUCAAUUAAGAUUGGAACUGACUCGAAUGCUCUUUUGGAUUUGCUUGGAGGAGAGGAUGAUGGAAUUGGGCUGACACCCGCUGCAAACUCGAUUAUUCCUACCAGUACUGCUAGCACUAACGGUAAGGCACCCGCUAGCAGCGGUUCCAACAAUCAAGAUCUGUUGGACCUACUCGGAGGACUCGAUAUGCCUGCCAGUACACCGCCAGCGGCCAUUCCUCCCCUAGGUGGAGCCCUCGAUUUGAACAGCAUCAAUGACAACAGCAUCAAAACGAUGUCUGCGGGAAUCACAACGUCCAAUAGUAGCCCCCUGACCGGAUCUUCCUCCUUCGGUGGACUCGAAAAUCUACUAAACUCCAAUCUAACCUCAGCGAAUGUGCCACCGGCUGCCAUCCCUACUGCGGCCCUGCCCAUGACAAUUCCAACGGGUGGCAUUCUGGCGGCACCCAACACAACCGGAAGCAUUUUCAGCGACUUCACGUCCAUCAACAAUAAUGAGGAACAUGCAAAAACCCUAACGGCCUUAGAUAAGAACGGUCUACUCGUACAGUUAGUAGCGAAAAACAGUGGUGGAUGUUUACAGAUAGUCAUGAGCGCCGUCAAUAACUCGUUGAGCUCCCUAGAACAAUAUCUAUUCCAGGCUGCCGUACCAAAAAGCUUUACCCUUCAAAUGUUGUCACCCUCUGGAUCGGCGUUACCCCCGGGAGGAACAAUCACGCAAGAGAUGCGAGUCACUAGUACUGCUAAGGCCACCCUUCGAAUGCGGUUGCGGAUAUCGUACCAGUGCGACGGCAAUCCGGUGCUGGAGCAAACCGAAGUGACGGGUUUUCCGGAGGAACCGACUCCGCUCGAAUGAGACAGUCCCGGCAACCGGUGGGGUGUGAAUAUUACCGUUAAGUUUUAGACACUGCGCUGUUUGUGGUCAAAUACAAUGUGUGAAUGUACACGUGUCGUGGUCUCGUUGUAAUCGCGAGAUCACAUUUUUAUUGUUCCAUCCGUUUAUGGUUUUUUAUUUUAAAGCGAAAGACAACAACUACUGUAUUUUUCCUAGCGAUAAUUUUUGGAAUGCUACUAACCGACUGGAAAAUCAUUAGUCCUCCGUUUUCCUAAAUAUAGACAAAGAAAGAAAAGGACAUUUAUUUGCUAGGAUCGUUUCCGAAAAAAAACAACAUAGUUAACUAUAGAACACUAACAGCUAUAAAUUAUCUGCAUAUAGGUACUAAUCAAUUAAGAUAAUUGUGUGAACAGGUACCGAAUAAAAGAACGUUUUGUAUGAGCACAUUGGGAGUGAGAGAGUCUGGCUGCAAUCUGAGAUUUUUCUGUAAAUAUUGUUGUAAAUUGAUAGGAAGAAAAUUAUUAACGAGAUAUUAUAACAUAAUAGGAAGCAAAGUAGAAGGUUGCAGAAUUGGCGAUUUCGAAACUACAGUGUUUUUAUCAAUGAUUGGCUCAAAAGAUGCUAGAAAGCAACAAAAUAACCCUAAACACAAAUGUAAAUUUGAAACGGACUCUCUGUGCUUUAGAGGCCGCUUACUCAUUGACAACUUUCCCCUUAACAGUGCCAGAAAAGACACUAUCUAGUAUGAUUUCCUUAUUCUUCCUUUAAAAACUACCAUACUGUUACGAUUUAUUUGGUGUAAUAAUAGUUGCACUAACCUAAUUUACCAUCCAACAACCUCCUCUAAACAUAAAUGCUAAGAAAAGCAAGUGUACUGUUUUCCGUCCAAGAAACCAAUUUAGGCAUGUGAAGAUGAUAAUUGAAAUGACUAAAAAGUGAGAACGAAACGAAACGAAAGUCGAGGCAAAAGUGUGAUGGAAAAUUCAGAGAAUUUUCCCUCGUGCUUUCUUUACAAUAAAUAUGCGAUUCGGUUAAGUGUGCUAUUCCCGAAUGCACGCAUCUUUUUCUCUGUUAGACUUUCCCUGCAGAAAUGUUCGACAAAUGUUCCAUUUUGGGGAUGUGUUCUCAGCAACUACAAUUAUUUUUUAAAUACUUAAACCAUAAAUCCAAAAUUCAAACUACUUGCAAAUUGAAACUCAGCAAAGCAAAUUUUUAGAAAUAUUCGUUGAUAAAAAAAAACAUCGUAAUUCCAUUGCUGCAAAGCUGGGGGAAAAUCUAAAAAAAAAACUGUUUGCGUGAGAGUGCAUUAACUGAUAGCUGUACUGCAGGUCAAGUCGAAAGUAAUCGAGUGAAGUUUAGCUUUAGUUUGCGAGAAGUUACACUAAACUACUGAUAAAAGUUGGUUUUUCUCAGUCCCGAAAAAAGGGUUAAGCAAAAUGAAGCUUUCGAUCGUCAAUCGUUAUUUUGCGAGCAAAAUUUUGCUAAGACACCCCCCUUAGUUACUAUAAGAUGGCAAUAAAAUAAACCUAAAACUAUUGCGGCAAACUCCGAUUGGAUGGGAAAGUUGAAAUUUAUGAAAAAUGCUAUAAAUAAAUGUAUGAUACACUA